AUGGACCAAUAUGUCAGAACGGGAGUGGGAAUCCGAACUAAAACGGUUUGCCACCGGGAAACCUCGCUUGUGGUGAAUGGUGUAGAGGUGCCUGACAAAGUGGUACCCCAAUUUACAAUGGGUCUCACCAAUGCAGAGGAGGCUGCAACAGGAGCUGAUCCCAGCAGAUUUGCACAUAAAGAGUUGCCCCACUUGGAAAGACUGUUAGGGGCCCUGAAUGGAGCUCCCUGUGGGUGGAGUUUGAGAUGUGUACCCACUGAAUUUGAAUCAGUUGUGCUGGACAGCCCACAUGGUUUGGAGUUUAUUCAGACCGUGCAAUCAUGCGAGGUGCGAGAGAAUUGCUACAGACCGCCCCAUGUGGAGUAUUACUAUGUGAUCACCACUAACUCCAGGGGUGAGAAGGAAGAGGAGCUCAAGGAAAUCGAUGUUGGCAGAUGUUCGGGAGUGUGUACUGCAGGAAGUGGACGUCUCCGAAGGGACAGUCGUAAUAAAGGUCAAUGUGUGGCUUGGGAAGGCGACUCAUCCAAUGGCUGCUCUCCUCAGGAGUAUGAAAUUCAUGCAAUCAUGAACAGACAGAAAAUCAGGAACAUCUACACCAUCAAAUCCUGUAAGUGCGACUGGACAACUUCAUGA